UCCAGCUCUGUGACACUGUGUGGAUGCAAGGGACUGGGGAGAAAUGGGGAGGGGAUGUCAAGGGCCAGAUUUCUCUUUGUUAAUGCACUAGGGAUUCUUAGGCCAGCUUGAAAGUUUGUCCUUCAACGAGGAUUUGGAAUGUACUCUGAUGUUUCUCAUUAUUGGGCUUUAUGUGUUUGUGCAAGUGUGUGCCUAGGGGCAGGGGUGAGGGCCAGGGCAGCAGACACAGCUUAGACCCACGACUCUGGGGGAUUUGCCGAGCAGUCCCCCAGAGGCUGGAUGGAGAGGAUGUGUAUGAGGAAAUGAACAUCCUAGACAGCAGGGACAUAGGAGAUAAAGGUUGGGAUAGGGUGCACUAGGGUUAGGGAAAGGGGGGCACCAAGGACAGGUACAGACAGUCUGGGUGUGGAUGAGAAGAUUGGUGGAGGGGGACCAGGGAUGGAUCCAUCUGGAGGCGGCCCACCACCCCUCAAAUGCAUAAGGAGUAGACUUGGCAGGUGCGUGGAGCCAGGAGUGAGAUACAGAGAGAGGUGAGCUUGUCUCUGUGUCUUGCACACUAAUCUGUGGUCAUUCUAAAUUCUAAUUUAAAGUGUCCCAUAGCUCCACAGGCUCUCUCCCUCCCAUCAGCAUCAUUUAUGCCUUUAGGUUGAUGCUGUGCUUUUCCAAAUUCAUUGUGAAGGGACCAAUCCCAAACACAAUGAGCGCAUUCAUCUAUCCAAAAUCUGGGAAAGGUGGAAGAGAAAAAGUUGUAGCAGCUGACCUCUGCUCUUUGUGGAACCCUAAAUUUACGUAGGGAAACUGAGCUCAGUGAGCUCUGUAAUACACGGCUGUGUGUGGCAAAUGCUGGGAAAAUGUUUUUUGCUUUUUAACCAUCUAUUUUACAGUCUUUGAUCUUUUUUUGUUUGGUAUCUGACUGACAAACCUAGUUAAGUGAUGGAAGAGAUAGUUACACACCUUUCCACUCUGUGAACAGUGCAGUGUUAGGGAUGUGAGAAAUCAGUGACCCUGAUCUAAAUCCUGGCUUUGAACCAUUUUUUUUUUCUUUUUGUGAAACCUUGGACAAACCCCCUAGUUUCUAAGACUGAGUUCAAAAAAAAAAAAAAAAAAAAAAAAAAAGACUAAGUUCCUCUUCCACAAAACGGGCUUAGAAAUAUACUCAUGUCAUACAGCUUUGUGAGACUUAGAUAAGAAAAAGGAUUAGUGCAGGGCCUUAGCCCACAAGAGACUCUCAAUAAAUGUCAGUUCUAACAAUUAUAAUUGUGAAUUUUGCAAGGAGACCUUAAAGAGAUGUUAUGUGUUUAUUCUACCCACCCCACCCCUGCGGUACCUAAGUUUCAUUUCAUUUGUUUCUAUCAAUCAGUGGAUCAAUAGACGUGCACUAGAAGACCAUCCCCUUCUCUGUGCUCUUUCUCUGUCCAGCCAUGUGCUGCUCUGUUACCAUCAUAGUUACUCAUUUCCUGGGUCAAAGCAAAAACGGGGAACCAGAGCCUUUCAGUUAGAAGGAACUUAAGAGCCAUAUUUUCCACUCUGUCAUUUUAUAGAUGAGGAAAGUGAAGGUGAGGAGUAAUGAAGAGUUUAUCGUAGGCCAUAGCCCAGUAAUUGGUGAGAACAAAAUUCUCUUGGUGACAUUUGGAAGUGACAUCACAGAGCAGUUGGUUUGCGCAUAUAUAAGGCUGUUAAUGCAGUUGCGUUUGUGGGUUUAAUUACUGUUUCUGUUCACAGGGACACCUUUCUUCCAUGGCUCAGGACACACUCCUGAGUCAAGAUAACAGGAGAACAUUCUGCUUCCCAGUGUGGACCUAUGCCCAAAGACCCUGACCAGAGCCACGGAUGAACAUGGCAAGUGUCCGCUGCAAGUUGGCCCGUUACCUGGAGGAUUUGGGGGACACAGACUUUAAGAAAUUCAAGAUGCACUUAGAAGACUACCCUUCUCAAAAGGGGUUCAGCCCACUCCCUCGGAGUCAGACAGAGAAGGCAGACCACAUGGAUCUAGCUACUUUGAUGAUUGACUUCAAUGGUGAGGAGAAGGCAUGGGCCAUGGCAGUGUGGAUUUUUGCUGCAAUCAACAGGAGAGACCUUUAUGAAAAAGCUAAGAGGGAUGAGCCACAGUGGGAUAAUGCACAUGUGGUAUACCGGGAAGAAAGCCUUGAAGAAGAGUGGAUGGGUUUAUUCGGGUACCUAUCCAGAAUCUCUAUUUGUAAAAAAAAGAAGGAUUACUGUAAGAAGUACAAAAAACAUGUGAGGAGCAGAUUCCAGUGUAUCAAAGAUAGGAAUGCUCGUCUGGGUGAGAGCGUGAACCUCAACAAACGCUAUACCAGGCUGCGUCUUGUCAAGGAACACAAGAACCAGCAAGAGAGGGAACAUGAGCUCCUGGCCAUCGGCAGGACUUCAGCCAAGAUGCUGGACAGCCCUGUGAGCUCCCUGAAUGUGGAAUUACUGUUUGAGCCUGACGACCAACACUCUGAGCCUGUUCACACGGUGGUAUUCCAGGGAGCAGCAGGCAUUGGGAAAACAAUACUGGCAAGGAAGAUCAUGUUGGACUGGGCAUCAGAGAAAAUUUACCAGGACAGGUUUGACUAUUUGUUUUAUAUCCACUGUCGGGAAGUGAGUCUCGGGACACGGAGGAGCCUGGGAGACCUGAUUGUCAGCUGCUGCCCGGAUCCAAACCCACCCAUAUGCAAGAUUGUGAGCAAGCCUUCUCGGAUUCUCUUCCUCAUGGAUGGCUUCGAUGAACUUCAGGGUGCCUUUGAUGAGCACACAGAGGCGCUCUGUACAAACUGGCAGAAGGUAGAGCGGGGAGACAUUCUCCUGAGCAGCCUCAUCAGAAAGAGGCUGCUUCCCGAGGCCUCUUUACUUAUCACCACGAGACCUGUGGCUCUGGAGAAACUACAGCAUUUGCUGGACCGGCCCCGUCAUGUGGAGAUCCUGGGUUUCUCAGAGGCCAAAAGAAAGGAAUACUUUUUCAAGUAUUUCUCAGAUGAGCAGCAAGCCAGGGAGGCCUUCAGGCUGAUUCAGGAGAAUGAGAUCCUCUUCACCAUGUGCUUUAUCCCCUUGGUCUGCUGGAUUGUGUGCACUGGGUUGAAGCAGCAGAUGGACAGUGGCAAGAGUCUUGCCCAGACAUCCAAGACCACCACUGCAGUGUACAUCUUCUUCCUCUCCACUUUGUUGCAAUCCCGCAGAGGGAACCAGAACCACGAUGUCUCUACUAACCUCCGGGGUCUCUGUUCCUUGGCCGCAGAUGGAAUCUGGAACCAGAAAAUCCUGUUUGAAGAGUGUGACCUUAGGAAUCAUGGCCUUCAGAAGGCAGAUGUAUCUGCUUUCUUGAGGAUCAACCUAUUCCAGAAGGAAGUGGACUGUGAGAAAUUCUACAGCUUCAUCCACAUGACCUUCCAGGAAUUCUUUGCUGCCAUGUACUACUUGCUGGAAGAGGAGGGACAGGGAGACACAGGGAGCUUGCUGUUGAGUGGUUCCAAGCUUCCCAACCGAGAUGUGACAGUCCUUCUGGAAAACUAUGGCAAGUUUGAAAAGGGGUAUCUGAUUUUCGUUGUCCGUUUCCUCUUUGGCCUUGUAAACCAGGAGAGAACCUCCUACUUGGAGAAAAAACUGAGUUGCAAGAUCUCUCAGCAAAUCAGGCUGGAGCUGCUAAAAUGGAUUGAAAAGAAAGCCAAGGCCAAGAAUCUGCAGAUCCAGCCCAGCCAGUUGGAGUUGUUCUACUGUCUAUAUGAGAUGCAAGAGGAGGACUUUGUGCAAAAGGCCAUGGGCCAUUUCCCCCAAAUUGACAUCAAUCUCUCUACCAGAAUGGACCAUGUAGUUUCUUCUUUUUGUAUUGAGAACUGUCAAGGUGUGGAAUCACUUUCCCUGAGGUUGCUUCAUAACUCUCCAAAGGAAGAGGAGGAGGAAGAGGAGGAGGAAGUGCAACACUGUGAGGUGGACCACUGUGUCCUCCUAGAUCCUCAUGCUGCCUAUACUCACCGGUUGGUGAACUGCCAUCUCACUGUUAGCCUUUGGCAGGGACUCUUCUCAGUCCUAAGCACUAGCUGGAACCUCACAGAACUGAACCUCAGUGACAAUGCUCUGGGGGACCCAGGGAUGAUGGUGUUAUGUGAGAUGCUCCAGCGUCCUGGCUGUAAUGUUCAGAGAUUGUGGUUGGGGCGAUGUUGCCUUUCCUAUCAGUGCUGCUUCAACAUCUCCUCGGUCCUGAGCAGCAAUCAGAAGCUGGUAGAAUUGGAUCUGAGCCACAACAGCUUGGGAGAUCUUGGAAUCAGACUUCUUUGUGUGGGACUGAGGCAUCUAUUCUGCAAUCUGAAGAAGCUCCGGUUGGUCAGUUGCUGUCUCACAUCAGCAUGUUGUGAGGACCUGGCAUCCGUCUUGAGCACCAGCCAGUCCCUGACCAGACUCUACUUGGGGGAAAAUGCACUGGGAGACUCAGGAGUUGGAGUUCUAUGUGAAAAAGCAAAGAAUCCACAAUGUAAGCUGCAGAAACUGGGGUUGAUGAAUUCUGGACUUACAUCAGGUUGCUGUCCAGCUCUGUCUUCAGUGCUCAGCACUAACCAGAAACUCACACACCUUUACCUAAGGGGCAAUGCUCUUGGAGACACGGGGGUGAAGCUACUCUGUGAGGGCCUCUUGCACCCCAGCUGCAAGCUUCAGAUAUUGGAAUUGGACAACUGUAGUCUCACCUCACACUGUUGCUGGGACCUUUCCACACUUCUGACCUCCAACCAGAGCCUGCGGGACCUGAGCCUAGGCAACAAUGACCUUGGUGAUCUGGGAGUCAUGCUACUCUGUGAGGUGCUGAGGCAGCAGGGCUGCCUCCUGAAACGCCUGAAGUUGUGUGGAAUGUAUUUCAAUUAUGAUACAAAAUGUGCAUUAGAAAUACUUCAAGAAGAAAAGCCUGAGUUGACCAUUGUCUUUGAGCCUUCUUGGUAGCAGUUGAAGCUGGCCGCCAGAUGCCAGCGUUUUGGCUCCCUGCUGUCCCAGUGUAGACAAGUGGGAGGGAGCACUCCUCCAUCCAGGGUUAAGACCAUCACUCCAUGAUUCUUCUGGUCCAGUGUGGGACAGCGAAACCUUGCUGAUGGUGCCUUUGUGUCGAGAAUAUGAGCAUCUCCUGUACCCCUGGCUUGAAGACACCAAGACAAUGAAGUCAUCCAAAUGAUGUGGUUCUCAUUGUAGAAACUUAGUCGAAGAAGAUGUUCCUCUUGGUGACCUCAUAUGACUAACUCAUUUAAGAAAGCACUUUUUCUAUUACUCUCUCUAAAUCUCCUUUCCCUCAUAUCUUUUUUCACUCCUCUUUGCUCUGUUUACUUUUACCCAUAUCAUCACUCUUACAUUAUUUCCCUUUACUGAGGGUAACAGAAAAAGUAAACUGUGUAUUAUGUUGCAAUUUUGUGGCAGCAACUUAUUUAUUUAAAAUUUUUGUAACAGGUAUAUUUUCUAAUAAAAUAAUUCAUGUUUAUUUUACCUGGUGAAAUUUCAAAAAAUAUAAAACCUUUUGUAUUUAUUGAUUUAAAUGCUCUCUUUUCCUUAAUUAAAGGUACCUAGAAAUCUCUCUACUUUAACGAUAAGUUAAAUUGCUUUAUGCAUUUAAAAAAUCUCUUUACCAAAUGGUUCAGUUGUAAUGCAUGGGGAAAAAAAUCACCUUCCUCUCAUUCUGAUGGUUGAAAUUUCAGCUCUGGUAGGACAGGAAGUUGAAAAUCAUAUACAGGACAGUAUUAGAGUAGAUGGAGCCUGUACUCCUAAAUAGAAGUAUUGUGUAGAAAAUACAUUUUGCCUUCAAUUAUAAGAGCUUAUCUUGGAUUUAUCUCAGGAGCAGUUCAUCUGCCACUCUUUGCAUAGCAUUAAAUCAUUAAUAAAUAUUGACUAAUUGCUUCUCUACACAUGGGGCAACUCUUGAACCACACAGAAUUGUUCAGGAUGGAAACAUUGCUUCAUCUGUCAAAUGAACUAUCCAGACUUUGCUACUCAAACUAUGGCCUAUGGACUGUUGAUAUAAGGAGCUUACACAAGAAUGUAAAUCAAUCCCAUUCCUAGGUAUGCUUUUUAGAUAAGGUGACUUUUUUUUUCUUGGUAAGACUGUCUCAAUAAAGAAAGAAGUAUAUGAUUUA